UCCUUACUUGCUCAAAAAAUUGCUUCUAAAGCACAGGAAGAAAUAAUAUCACAUAGAUAAAUAUUCCUUCAACUCAUGGAGAAUAAACUUGGAGAAAUCAAAACAGAAAAGACAUCCCAGCUACAAACAAUGGAGACUGCUUUUAAUCCAUGGCCUCAGGUGGUUUUUCUUGAGACUUGUUACUGGGCAUCAGUAGAUGAAUAUAACCCCAAAUAG